GGGACCAAAAUGCCACAACGGUAAGGUAACAGAGGCGGAGCCCAAAAGUUAAACUCUUGGUCGGUCGUCCAUUUUAACAGUUACCUCGUCUUCUUCUUCUUCUCUCUAGCUUCUUGCUGUCCUAAAAUCCAGGAAAGCACAGAGCAGACCCAAAACUAGACUACCCAACAAAACAAAGCUUGGGUACCCUUCGGCGGAUCAAUUCGGAGAUCUGGGAAAGCUCGGAAGAUUACAUAUCAUAUCAUCCAGUUGAUUCAAGAAAGCAGAGAAAGAUGAAUAUAUUCAGAUUAGCGGGAGAUAUGACGCAUUUGGCCAGUGUUCUGGUUUUGCUUCUCAAGAUCCACACUAUCAAGUCAUGUGCUGGCGUGUCCUUGAAGACUCAGGAACUCUAUGCUCUUGUCUUUGCUACCCGCUAUUUGGAUAUUUUUGUUAGCUUCUACUCAGUUUAUAAUACCUUGAUGAAGUUGAUAUUCUUGGGUAGCUCUUUCUCAAUUGUUUGGUAUAUACGGCACCACAGGAUUGUUCGUAGAUCAUAUGAUAAAGACCAAGACACAUUUCGCCAUCUUUUUCUGUUACUCCCAUGCCUACUUUUGGCCCUGGUCAUCAAUGAGAAAUUCACUUUUAGAGAGGUGAUGUGGGCUUUUUCCAUAUAUUUGGAAGCAGUCGCCAUACUUCCUCAGCUGGUGCUGUUGCAAAGGACAAGAAAUAUUGACAACCUAACAGGGCAAUAUGUAGUCCUCCUCGGGGCCUAUCGAGCAUUGUACAUAUUGAACUGGAUUUACCGCUACUUUACUGAGGAUCACUAUGUCCACUGGAUAACUUGGGUAGCAGGGAUAAUCCAGACCUUACUCUAUGCUGAUUUCUUCUACUAUUACUUCCAGAGUUGGAAGAACAAUGUAAAGCUUGAGCUGCCAGCUUGAAAAUGCAGUUCACAUGAAUGGGUUGCAAUAGGAUACUUAAAUCUCUGUUAGUUUUAGAUGAUUCUCUUCUUUUCCUUGAAUUUGUGGCAUCAAUUUGGACUCGUGGACUUUGUCAUCUGACUGGUAUUGGGCACCAUCACAUUGUAGCAGACUAAAUGUUAUAGUUCUAGUACAUUUCAUACAGUCUACCAAAAUGCUUGUAGAAAAUCUGUAUUCUGAAUGGGGAGUAUUGUAUUCAAUUUUUUUUUUUUUU